AUUUUCCGUCCAAAAAAGUUUAUCCCAGAAUUUCGAGAGCUUCAUCCCCACACCAAGGAGAAAUAUCUCUUGACAACUCAAUUCUCCCACAAACUCCGGUAAUCGAUAUUCAAGAUGGGUGUCGGACGACGUAUGAAGAAGCAGGGCAUGCCCGACCAGCUUGACGAGGCGCAUUUCACCAACCUGAAGCGCAAAGCUGGCAUGUCGGUGACAGAAUCCAGAGCAGAGAGUUUACAAUAUGCGAGCACCAAGAAGAGGAGGAAGAGCUCUUCUGCUGGAGGAGAUUCCGGGGAGAAAUCAGGAAAGAAGACCAAAAUUGGAAAGGAAUCUGCGAAAGGGAAAUCUGCCAAUGGAGUUGGACUUCCGUCGCAAAAAUCGGCGUUGAAGAAAUCGAAGAAGGCGGAGCAGGUGCCGUUACCUGCAUCGGACGAUGAUGAGAAUAUGGGCGACGACUCUGACGAGGCGGAUCUCAUGGGUGACGAGUUUGACGAUUUGGAUAUCGAGGGCGGGUUGGGUGACGAUUUCUUAGACUCGGGAAGUGAUGUUUACGAUUCUGCGGAUGACCACCAGACGAGAGCAAUGUUUUCUGAGGACGAGGAUGAGUCGGAUGCGGAGGAGAAGUUGACAGCUGCGAAUAUUGCUGGUCUUACGAGGAAGUUGGACGACCAGAUGGCAGAGGAGGCUGCAGAUGCGCAGGCUGAGUUGGAAGAAGCGGCCUUGCAGACGAAUAUUGCUGGAGACCGACCGCACAUUUUGGAUGAUUCCGACUCUGACGAGGAGGGUGUGAAGAAGAACGAUUUACUGGCUCCUGAUCUCCAACUUCUGCGGACGAGAAUUAACGAUACCGUGCGAGUGCUUGACGAUUUCGCAAACCUAUCAGAAGAGGGUCGAUCCAGAGCAGAAUACACAGCACAAUUGAUUAAGGACAUUUGUGCUUAUUAUGGAUACUCGGAAUACCUUGCCGAGAAGCUUUUCAACCUCUUCCCACCUAAAGAAGCAUUCGCUUUCUUCGAAGCAAACGAAACCCACCGUCCCGUCGUUAUCAGAACCAACACGCUCAGAACCCACAGACGAGACCUCGCUCAAGCACUCAUUAACCGCGGUGUUGUUCUUGAGCCAGUUGGAAAAUGGUCGAAAAUCGGUCUGCAAAUCUUCGAGAGUGCUGUUCCUCUCGGAGCGACCCCAGAAUACCUCGCAGGCCACUAUAUUCUCCAAGCUGCUUCCUCUUUCCUCCCAGUCAUGGCAUUGGCUCCUCAAGAACACGAGCGAGUCCUCGAUAUGGCCGCUGCACCUGGUGGAAAGACCACCCACAUCGCAGCACUGAUGAAGAACACUGGCUGUAUUUUCGCAAACGAUAGCAACAAGUCUCGUGCCAAGGGUUUGAUUGGGAACAUUCACCGUCUCGGCGCAAAGAACACUAUCGUAUGCAACUACGACGCUCGCGAAUUCCCAAAAGUUAUUGGUGGCUUCGACCGUGUGCUUCUCGAUGCUCCAUGUUCAGGAACAGGAGUUAUCGCGAAAGAUCCCAGCGUUAAGACCAACAAGACCGAGAAAGAUUUCCUCAUGCUUCCUCAUAUUCAAAAACAAUUGCUCCUCGCAGCCAUCGACUCCGUAGAUCACGCCAGUAAGACCGGUGGAUAUAUCGUCUAUUCUACAUGUUCCGUGACCGUCGAGGAGAACGAGCAGGUUGUGCAAUACGCGCUCUCCAAGCGCCCAAACGUCAAGCUUGUCGAAACCAACCUCGCGUUCGGAAAGGAAGGUUUCACAGCUUACAUGGGCAAGUCUUUCGACCGAUCCAUGAAGAUGACUCGCCGAUACUACCCGCACGCUUACAACGUCGAUGGUUUCUUCGUCUCGAAGUUCAAGAAGACGGGUCCAUCGCCAAAGAAUGGUGACGGUGCAAGCAACGGUGUCAGGAUGGAUAUCGAUGACGAUCUUAUCGAUAAGAGACCUGUGCCGGAGACGGAAGAAGAGGCGAAGGAGGAUGCAUUUGGUGGGUGGGAUGAUGGUGAGGACGAGGAAUACAUUGAGCGUGCGAAGAAGAGUAGUCUGAGGAGGAAGGGUGUGGAUCCUAAAGCGAAUCGAGGGGAUAUGAGCAAGAAGGGCGAGGCGAAAAAGGUUGUCGCCACGGACGUCACUGAAGUCGCUCAGGAUAUUUCCGAGUCAGAAACUUCCAAGGUUGUUGAAGUGUCAAAUGAGAAUGGCGAUGCUAAGAAGUCAAAGCAGAAAGAGAAGAAGGACAAGAAAGUCAAGAAGAGCAAGGACGCUUAGCUAACUAGUUUUUUGCGUUUCUGUAAUCUCAUUCGCGGGAUGCAUAUACUGGUGUUUCUGGAGUUCCGGACUCUUUCUUCCUUGUAAUAUUCUAGAUUCAACUUGGGACAUCUAGAUAGAGGAGUCUAAAAAUGUGCAGAUAUUGGCGUUCCAGCCUGUUCUAUUCUACUCUGCCUCCAUUCUCUAUUUUUGAUCGCCGUCGCCCCAGUUGUGAGCAGGCAAAUACACAGAAGAAGGGCGGCCCCAUGGGGAAAUAUAAAGAACACAAGCUCGCUUAGCUCCAACACACA